AUGUAUACAAAGCUGUCCGUCACUGCCGCAGUGGAGAAGGCGGUUAAGGUCGCGUCUCAGCAUGGUAUCGCCGGCCAUGCCGCAGCGUUGCGGUGGGCAGCCUAUCACAGCAUGCUGAGCAAGGAGCACGGAGACUCUCUGGUCGUUGGUGCCAAUGGCCCAGAGCAGCUAGAGCGUGCCUUGGAUGUGAUCGAGCAGGGCCCGCUGCCGGAUGCCAUAGCUGCCUCGUUCGAGGCUGUGCAUGGCAAUAUCGUCGACGAGGAGAGGAUUUCAUACCAUUACUAG